AAAUGAUUAGAGUUCAUUGACUAUUAGAUUAAUUAUAGUAUUUUAUUUCCGAUAGUGAAUUUUGUAAUUUCUGUGUCACAAUAUGUUGUUCAAUCUCAUUUAUGGCGUUUAAUGCUGAAAAAGUAGUAUUUGAGCAUGAAUCAUUAAUGCAGGUUGAUAUCAUUUUUUUUCUCUUUAUGUUUUUGAAAACAGAACGUUCAGAACACAUUUCCGCUUAAAGGUUGAGUCUUGUUAUUUAGACCUCAUGCAAAUAUCCUCGCAUGAGAGAAGGGAUGAAGCCUAUAUUUUUUCCUCCAAAACUCAAUCAAAUUAUACGCAAAUUAUAUCUAUAUUAUUUUGUGACAACCCUAGGCUACAGUGCAGAACUUCAUAGGUUUACAUUUACACAUUAAUUAAAUUUAAGGUUAUUCCACUGGUAAUGUGUGUUUUUUUGUGGGGCACAGAAUCAUUUCAUUUUCUGCCACCACCGGGCGGUUAAUGUCUGACUAACGGAACAGAGAGCAGGGAGGGAAGCAGCUACUGAGUGUACGGUGCACGGUUGGCUCGCUCAUGUUACAUUUCAUACAUCAACUCUCUCACAUCCUCCUCGAGGCUCGGCUACAAAUGCUGCCUAUUGUUUCCUCAGCCAUAUAGUAGGCUAAGCUAGACGAAGCUGAACAUAUUUUGAAUAGGCGACACGUUGUGGCGAUUGUCGCUCAUUUUACAAUUGUUUCAUAGACAUUCAACCCUUCAUUAUCCUCGUGUAGUUUAUUCUAUGUGCGCAAUUUAUUGUUCUCUUUGUCAUGGGCUAAAGAAGACCAGAUUCUGUCAUAUAGCCUUGCCUACAUUUCGAUCCGUUCUGAUGAAUAGCAUCUCCGAAAGACGAGUUGAUCUUCAAGGCUGGCAGGGGACAUAAAUAAUUGAGGUUGUGUGUGGGUGAACAUAAAGAACAGUGUCUGCGGUCGUGUAGCCAGCCUGCAAAUGGCUGGCAUAAUACAUUCUCCUUCAAUCGAUAGUGAGGGUCGAUUGUAUGAUCAAACGAUUAUGCCAUAGAUGGGUUAUGGGUUGGCAUAGUGUAACGGUAUAACGGUGUAACAACGCCUGCUAUUGUAUGUCUGAUGAUGAUUCAGAGUCUACCUCAAGACAGUCACUUGGGUUUAUAGGUUAAACAGCUUCGUUUUCUGGCAUUGCCAUACAAUCCCUUUACCGCGAGAAACGGGGCAACUUUCUAUUUCAUUUCCUACAUUCAUUUCUGGCGUUCUCAGUAUGCUCAGAAACGUAACCGAAGACACACCUCCAUGAGUCUUAAAUCCGUGUUUAGUCUACCAGAGAUGUGUUACAUUGCAGUUUAUGAUUUAAAAAAAAGAUAUUCCGUUAAAUGCCGCCCGUGUCACCUAGCUUGUGCGUAGCUGGGAAUGAGAGAAAAAUUGGCAAAUUUCCAGGACCCAGUUUAUAGCCUAAUGCAUAGGCUACAGGUAAUCACUAGGCUACAGGUAAUCACUAGGCUACAGUUAUUCACUAGGCUACAGGUAAUCACUUGGCUACAUUUAAUCACUAGGCUACAGGUAAUCACUAGGCUACAGGUAAUCACUAGGCUACAGUUAUUCACUAGGCUACAGGUAAUCACUUGGCUACAUAUAAUCACUAGGCUACAGGUAAUCACUAGGCUACAGGUAAUCACUAGGCUACAGUUAUUCACUAGGCUACAGGUAAUCACUUGGCUACAUAUAAUCACUAGGCUACAUGUAAUCACUUGGCUACAUAUAAUCACUAGGCUACAGGUAAUCACUAGGCUACAGGUAAUCACUUGGCUACAUAUAAUCACUAGGCUACAGGUAAUCACUAGGCUACAGGUAAUCACUAGGCUACAGUUAUUCACUAGGCUACAGGUAAUCACUUGGCUACAUAUAAUCACUAGGCUACAGGUAAUCACUAGGCUACAGGUAUUCACUAGGCUACAGGUAUUCACUAGGCUACAUAUAAUCACUAGGCUACAGGUAAUCACUAGGCUACAUAUAAUCACUAGGCUACAGGUAAUCACUAGGCUACAGGUAAUCACUAGGCUACAGGUAUUCACUAGGCUACAUAUAAUCACUAGGCUACAGGUAAUCAGUAGGCUACAGGUAUUCACUAGGCUACAUAUAAUCACUAGGCUACAUAUAAUCACUACGCUACCAGUAAUCACUAGGCUACAGGAAAUCACUAGGCUACAGGUAAUCACUAGGCUACAUGUAAUCACUAGGCUACAUGUAAUCACUAGGCUACAUGUAAUCACUAGGCUACAGGUAAUCACUAGGCUACAAGUAAUCACUAGGCUACAAGUAAUCACAAGGCUACAGGUAAUCACUAGGCUACAUGUAAUCACUAGGCUACAUGUAAUCACUAGGCUACAGGUAAUCACUAGGCUACAUGUAAUCACUAGGCUACAGGUAAUCACUAGGCUACAUGUAAUCACUAGGCUACAGGUAAUCACUAGGCUACAAGUAAUCACAAGGCUACAGGUAAUCACUAGGCUACAUGUAAUCACUAGGCUACAUGUAAUCACUAAGCUACAUGUAAUCACUAGGCUACAUGUAAUCACUAGGCUACAUGUAAUCACUAGGCUACAUGUAAUCACUAGGCUACAGAAGCUAAGUUUGCGUCUCUCUUUAACUUUGGUAAAACAUGAUUGAAUAUAGUGGUGUCAGUGAAGGCUACUUCUACUUUCUGUGGCUAUAAUUGGAACAGCUGUAGAACAAAGACAAUUAAUUAUGUUGAUUAUGUCGGCGCUUGGAGGUUGAAAGUGUGCCCUUGAGGAAGGAAUGUAGCAGCGUGCAUUAUAAAGGGUGUUUGAAAUGGAUAGAUAAGACCGUAUGAUUGUAAUAAAACUAGGAGUGAAACAUUGUUGCCAGUUUGUUUCCUUUGCUUUGACUUGGGUAAUAAUGUUACCCUAUCACAUGUGCAAAAGCAAAUAUAUCUUCGCUAUAGUUUACCUUGUGUCCACUUUCCUCUCAGAAAUAACCUUUUCUCAUGAUGCAUGUGGUCUUUGAAUAUCUAGAAUUGGUUUUAAUGAUUCAAUAACUUUGUUAUUGGGUUUUGAGGUGGUUGUGGGUAUUUCCAAAAUGGUUGACAUUAUCAAUAAAGGCUAAUGUGG